AUGAACACGGUUUUCGUGGUCUCUGCUUUUUUAUUCGGGUUUUUAGUUUUGGUGAGUUAGCAUGAAUCAUUGAUUAUAAUCAGGUUGAUUUUUUAGCCACAGUAACUAUAAGAAAUUGCCGCAUUUUGAAAUAAAAAACAAAAACCUUAAGUACAAUAAUAUUUUUGAGCUACAGUAAUCUUGUAUUCUCGGCGAUAUUUGCCGCGAGAAAGAGGUACUGUAGCAGAUUUUUGAUUUUUUUUUGCCAAAAAUUUUUUUCCAAAAAAUGUUUGGUCUAACCAUCGAGCCUCGAACCUAACUCCCGAUUAUCCAAGUUUCUUUCACAUGUUUUCCAUUCUCCUACAGUAAUCUCACAUUCUCCCAAAGAAACUUGGUUCUGUGACGCAGAUUAUUUUUUAUCUUCCUGCACACAGAAAAACAGUUUCCCAACCAUCCAUCACUACAAAAAAGUGCCUAUGAACUCUGAUUGAUAAAUUUAUAGAACUGUUCAUGCGAUCCGGUCAGAAUUCCAUUUUAUCGAAGAACAAAUCAUUUAGCGGCUGCCAACUUCAAUUCUCAGGUAGAUACUUAUUAUUUCAGUGAUGAAUCACAAUAUUUGAAGAGUCAAUAUUUGAGUUUUGACUUUCACCAAAAAUUUGUUUGAAAAACAAUACAAAAUAAAAAAAUCUUUUCAGAAUUCUGGAAUUGUUAGAAAAGUUCGACAAGUUCAUCGAGAUUUAUCAUUUCGAUGGCCACAAAAUACAAUUCCAUUUUAUAUCACAAAUAAUGUAACAAGUAGUGUGAAAAAAGCUGUUGGACUAGCAAUGAAAGAACUGCAAACAAAAACUUGUAUUCGGUUUCAACAAAUGAGCUCGAAUUAUCAGGGUAAGAGGCAUUUUCACACAUUUUUCCUUUUUCUGCAUAACCCGUAAAUUUAAAAAGCCAAGAUAACAAUAUUCCUCCACGAGUCAUUUAAAAAGUUUCAAAGUUUCCAUUCUUUCACAGCAAAAAUGAUUCAUUAAUCUAAAAAUUGAUUUUUUUUUCAAAUUGUGAAUUUUCUAGUACAUUGUUCUGGAACAAGAUUACGAUCAAAAUAUUCUUUGAUCAAUCACAAAUGUUUUAAAAUAAAUAUUUCAAGAGAAGUAUCAUUGAACACAUGUAAAAGAACAAAGUGUUGCUGACGUAGAAGAUCUUUGCGCUUGUUGGCUUGCGAAUUUCUAUUUCACACCUUUUUCAUAUGAGUAAAAAUAAUGUGACCAAAGGGUUGUUUUUAUUGUUAGCUAUAACGUAGUUACAAGAUCUUUCUUGUCGCUGAAAAUAUACAGAAACAACUUUUUGAAGCCCUAACUUGUAACUACUGUGUACAGAACUACGGUGUGCAGAAGGUGUGCAGAAUUAAUGCCGCUGGAAAAUCACCCAACCAAAAAAAAUAAAUUUUGUAUUCAGCUGGUGAUUUCGUGCGGAUUGUUGAUCUUGGAUCAUGUUCUUCGCCAAUCGGACGACAAGAAAUUGGACAGCAAGAUAUUUCACUCACCAAAAAUUGUUGGGGUGUAUGUUUUAUCUUAAAAACCUCUCCAAACCUCAAACUAUAGUUUUUUUUUUUCAGAUGGGAACCGCUAUUCACGAAUUAAUGCAUGCGAUUGGAAUUGAACAUACACAAUCGCGAAGUGAUCGUAAUUCAUAUCUAGACAUUCUCUAUAAAAAUAUUGAUGUGAGUGAUCAACAAAACACAAUGAUGUUCUAUAAAACUUUGUUAUUUUGUUCUAGAGGUCAGAUUUGCCAAACUUUGAAUUGUUAUCAUCUCGAUUGUGGGCUAAUUUAGUACCGUAUGAUUAUGGAAGUGUAAUGCAUUAUUCAGCUGAUUCAUUUGCCAAUAAAGAUGAUGAACAGACAAUGCUUCCGAAAGAUCGGAAUUUUAUUGAAACUAUGGGAAGUAUGAUCCCGAAUUUUUAUGAUUUUGAUCAAAUUAAUCGAUAUUAUCAAUGUUAUGGUGAGCAGGGUUGGAGAAGAAGAGUUUGGAAUAUUUGGAAAGUAUUCGAAAAUUGAAUUCAAAAGAGACAUAGAAAACACAAAACUUUCCCAGAAAUCAAAUUCUAAACAUCAAAUUCAUUUGCAGUUCACAUCCUCAAUUCAAGAGAUUUUUAAACUUUUUGAAUUCUAAUUACCCCAUCCAAAAUUCAAUUUUUUAAAGAUUCGUGCUCAAAUAUUGUGAACAAAGCGAAUUGUGCAAAUGGCGGGGUUCCAAAUCCAAACAAUUGCCAAAUUUGUAUAUGUCCUUUAGGUUAUGGUGGAGAUUUAUGUGAUCAACGAGUAAGAGAUUCACAAUUAUUUUUCAUUCUCAUUUCAAAAUUUUCAGCCAAGUGGAUGUGGUUCUAGUUUGGUUGCAUCUUCACAAUGGCAGAAGCAGAAAAUUUCAGUGAAGUUUGACAAAAAAGAUGCAGAAUAUUACACAUUUUGUAAUUAUUGGAUUGUCGUAUGUUCAAUUAUUUAUUUGUGUGUGUUUUUUUUUCAAAUCCCACAUUUCAGGCUCCAACAAAUUCAACAAUUCAAGUGAUUUAUGAGAUCUCAUCUGAUUCAGUUCGUCGUGAUAUUUGUUCAUUUGGUUGUUAUGAAGGUGGAAUUGAAAUAAAAAGAUUGGCUGAUCCAAGAAUAACAAAUGAUCGAGAUUGUUGUAUGGAUCAAGCAUUGAAUAUUACAACUAAAAUCAAUCCGCUCCCAGUUAUUAUUUAUACUUCUUCUAGAACUGUUUCUUAUGAUAUUUCUUUUAGGUAUAUCUGAAUUGAUUUAUUAUUUGAAAAUUUACCAUGUUUUUUGCUAAACUUGAUCUCAGGUUUUUAUUGUAUAUAAAUGAAUGGAAUGAUAAGUAUUUCAGCUAUGAAGUUAGUGAUAAAUAA